GUGGGAGAGAGAGAAGGAGAGAGCGAGAGAGAAGGAGAGAGAGACAGCAGCAGCCUCAGAGGGCGAGCAAGUUUGAACACGAGAGUGGAGAGAGAGAGACCAGUCACAGAAAGAGAUAGCAAGAGAGGCAAGGCAAGCAGUAUCAAAGCUGGAUGUUCAAAUUUGCAUCGCCGGUGCCCGUUCAGCUAAAGACACGACUCUUUACUCAUCUAGAGAGGACAACUAGAGAGCCAGGUGGCGUACGUGUGCUGGUGGGAGCGGGCAGCCAUGCGCGUAGGGGGCCCCGUGCGCCGGAGGACGAGACGGCACGGCGUACGGGUGUGAGCGCACACCGUGCCUCUCGCGGUGAGUAAUGGUGAGUGGGCGGCAGGAGCAAAUGGUCUCGCUGAGUGGCACUGCGGAGCUGAUAUUCUCCUCAUCGCUGCCUGUUACUCAUUUCCUUGGAAGCGGUUGUACAGUCACGGACCGGCAGAGGUACAGACGGCCGCAUCAUGCUCACGGCCUCUCUCUGUCUGUCGUAUUCCUCAUCACCUCCUCUCUGGGAGCGGCACUGAGGAAGUCUCUCUCCGUGACAGAGCCUCCUGCCCUGGCACUGCCGCACUGUUGACUGCGAUAUUUCAGGCCGUGCUGUUUUCUGCUGUUUGUUUUAGUGACACGCUUAGCUUUCUGACUGCUAUUGUAGUACCUAAUGCCAAGGUCAUUUACUGCAAGCUGAUGCGAUGCAGCGCUCCGCACCGGGGGAAACCUUAUAUUUCCACCAACUCUGAAUCAGUCACGAACAACAGAAACCUGCAUACCUUUAAGGAAGGAAGAGAUCUGGUGACCGAUCGAGUUUUAGAUCGAGUGUCAAAAAAAGAUGCCCGGUAUCUUUGUAUGUUUGCACUGGAUGCAUGUAAACAAGAUGGAUUCACAACAGUGAACGUCCGUGCAGGAAAUACGACGUACCGUCAGGGAAUUUUAAAUUAUAUGGACACGUUUUGAACGAAAUCUCUGCAACAAGCAUGAAUGCAAAACUUCUUAACUGAACAGCAGAUUUAGCUGCAAAAAAUAGAAGUUUUUUUCCCCCUUAGAACUGUUAUUCAUUUUAACUGAGUGAAAAAUCACAGGAUGUGACAGGACACACGCCCUUUAGAUUCAUUCUCAAGUUUUUCUGGAUGCUCUGCGCUGUUGGGCAAAUCGAAAUAACUUCCCAAACAAUCCAAUUCAGCUCCACAGUGGCUUUUGCUUAAUGUAGAAUGUGUGAGGGGGUGUGAAAGAGGCAGUGCUGUGCCUUAGACUGCCUGUCAGGAAAUGGUGCAUCUUCCCAUACCUAGAAAUAUCCCGGCCGAGUGAAGCUGUUCCCUGGGUUGCCUAGAAUGUCGUGUCAGCUGAAAUGCCGGGGGGGGCUGUUUCAUGUUGCUGUCCUCAUAGCCGAACGAUACACACCUAAGAAUUCAGUGGCAGCUGCGUAACUGCCUGCGUGUGGAUGAGGCCCCAGAGUUCCUCCGCUUCCAUGUGAAGGAGGCUCACAUAUGUACUUUAUCUGGAAGAGGGUUUACAGUGGUGGGCAGUGGUGAGAGAAUCUGCCAGAUGUCACUGCUGCAGCAACUCCAAAAGCUUUCUAAGUCGUAUUCAGAAGGUUUUUUUGGUCCUCAAAUUCAAUAUAAAUGUUCAUGUACCAUACUGAAACUGUGACAUAAGGUUUCGGUCGUAUUUUUAACAUUUUAGUUUUUAGUUUUCAUUGUACAGAUUAUAUAAUCCGUACAUACAAUCUGGCAUCUGAUCGUCUUACCAUAGAUUAUAAGAUCAUUUACAGAUCAUUUUAAAUGCAGAUUCUCCUCCUCAGAGACUGUAUAUAGCUCAAUAUAUUUCUCGUAAAUCUUAAGCAUCAUGCUUAAAAAUGAAGUUUUCGCGAAACAUUUUGAUAUAAACAAAACACAAACUUUAAUGUAGUUACCCGCCUGUCAUUCUGUGUUCAUGAAUCAGCUGGUCGCUGAAGCACCCCCUUCAAGUUCUCUGAGACUUUACUGGUGCCUAUUAUCAGAGCUUAUGACUAAUGUGGGUUUUCACUGUUCUUUAUAUAUGUACUUUUACUGACGAGCAUUUUAACGAAGAUAGGCCAAGCACUUCUAAGGAUUAAUACUCUGAGAAGGAAUCUUGCAUUUAACACAAACACUAAAAUGAUCAUGGACUGGAUUCAUUUUGAGGAAAUGAUCUUUUAAUGCGUGAUUGAUUAAAACCCACGUUUGCUUGCGUUCAGUUCUCAAUCGUAACACAGGACACUGGGGUGUUUCAGAAGAGGUAAUCCCCCCUUGAUGUUCAGAGAUCGAACGUGUACCUUUUAUCCAUAUACUGGUUGUCAGAAACAAGUAACUCCUCCAAUCAGAAGCUCCUUCCACUCCUCCAAUUACAGGUAUGCUGCGCUUCGGCCCCCAUGCAGGGCAUUCCCACCUUUCUGGGGGACACGCAGGAAACGAUUAAAGCUGACUGGCCUGUUGCAGGGAUUUUCAGGACAGUGAGCGACUAGUUUCAAGGGGAUUUGGUUUGGAUGUGCUGAUGCCUGGAUGCACCUGCAGACAUUAGGCAUUUUACAAGGACAGAAUGGGAAUUACGUCCCUCUCUAAAACCAAGAACUACUUUGUAACAUAAAGUAUUUCAUGGAUUUCUUGUUGACGUUUCCACUGCGUGCAGUGAGCUCCCCUUCCCUAGCAUAUCCCUGCGUAACCCUCAUGGCUGUAUAUAUAUAAGUACUUUGUUUCCAUAGUAACCUUCACUUAGUGAGACUGUAAGAGUUGCUGGAGUUCAGACUGGGCAGACAGCCGUCUCCGGCAGAGAAAAGACCAGAUGUGCCUUCAGCGGCACAGUCACAUCAAAGAGGCAAAUUUGGUGCAUUGAAGAAAUUGGAAGGACUCCUCCGUGCCGAGACCCGCAUUUGUGCCUCUGGGUAAUCCCUUGCCGAUGCGCUCCUGCUAGGUUAGGAGCCGGUCGGACAGGAGCGCCUUGGCCCCACCGCGUGAUGCUGAGCCACGGAGCGGUGCCCCCACCGAGCCUCUCCUUCUCCCAGGAGGCUCAUGUGACAUAGUCGUGGCACAACCCGGGGGAGUGCUCACGUCUGCCGGCACACACUGAUGAAUUCCAUUCCCGACCGCGCCAAAGAGUGCCUCCCUCCCAAGAAGAGGGAGUCCAGACAGAACUUAUGCGAGCAGCGCCCUCCGGACGAAUUUAAGUCUCCCGCACCCCUCAGGAGCCGGCCCGUGGGGGCCAGGCAGACAGAGCCCCAGGGGUAUUCAAAAGGGCCCCUCUCCAGUCCUCAUUAUGGCAAAGUGCUCCUUCAUGCACCGCCCCCGGCUCCGCCCCCAGACAAGUUCCCCAUGCCGUGGCCCCUGCCCAGCCCCACGCCUCUGCCCUUCCACUUCUUCCCCAACCAGACGGGUGAGCGCUGCGGCUCCAAGCUGCACUCAUGGCGAGAGCAGUGCUCCCCGGGCACGGACCCCCUUGACGGCAGCCUGCACCACUCGCGGUGGCCACGCAGCGAGCCGGCGCUCUCCCUGCAUCACCCUGCUGUCUCCACCCCCUACAAGAGCCACCAUCCCCAGGACUCUAGGGACAUGUGGCCCUACUGCAACAUGGACAAGUUCAACCUCAAGCAGCACUACUCCCGACACUUACCGUACGCAGACCCCCACCUGGAAGGGAGGCGGGCCUUCAUGGUGAGGAAGCACAAUGGCUUGGAUGCCGCGGGCGGCAGGAGCGCGCCGGCUCUGAGACUACCGGCCGCGGGCAACUAUCCCUACGACAGCAAGAUCAAGCAGGAUGACUCUCACACCAACGGGAAGAGGAGGUACCCAGAGGACCACAGGCCCUUCAGCCGGGCCGUGGCUAAGGACGGUCGGGCGGCCGACAUGCCUGGUGGACGUUGCUCACCGCAGGACAAGGACUCCUGCGCGACGCCGAAAACGUCUGCUAACACCUUGGAUAAAAGCGCCUUCCCUGGUCUACCUCUGAGGGCCCCCUCUCGGGAAAACUUCGACCUGGCAGGCCCCCCCGGUGCGGCCCAGAUUUACUAUGCCCUGGGACCCAUGCAGGCCAGCCUGAUGCCGUCCCCACUCGCCCCCCCCCUGCAGAGUCCCCUGGCCCAGGCCUCCCCCAUCCCAUUCUACGGCCUCCCUCACAGGGAGCCCCACAGCCUGAGGAGCUCACGGCUCUCACCGCUUGUGGAGAACCAGUCGCUGGAAGGGUUCCCUGCAGCUCAGUACAACAGCCACAGGUCAGAUCGAGGCCAGCCCCAGCCAGGGCCGCCAUGCCCGCGCUCGGCCUCUGGGGGGCACCGGUCACACGCUGAUCCAGCCGCUCUGCAGAGCACUCCAUCGCCCGGGUCCUCCCUGGCGCCUCAGCCGGUGGCGUUCCUACCUCACUUCACCAAGGGGUCGCUGAUCGAGCUCAGUGGCGGGCGGCUGCGGCCCGUGGAACAGCUGCAGACCGAGGACUUCAUGCUCUGCGCCAGCACCAGCCCGGACCUGCACCUGUGCUUCUGCACCGUCAUACUCAUCACCCCCUGCAGCACAAACCCAGGCUUCUACAACCUACAGCUCCUGCUGGCUGACCGCAACACUCAGGAGUUACUCAAAGUCUUAGCCGAAUACCCCUUCUUCGUCCGGGACCGAGGCUGGUCUUCCUGCAGCCCUCAGAGAACUGCGCAGCUGUACGGCCUCUCGUGCCGCCAGCUCAGUGUGGACGACGUCUGCCUGGCCCUCACGCCAGUCCCAUCAGCCCCAGCAUCUGCCUCAGCGUUGCGUGCCAGCAUCCCUGCACCGGAGCUGGCGGACACGACCCAGUGUACGAACACCAAGGAAGGAGCCAAGGCUGGCCAGCAGAGACCUGCGGCGACGCCACCCCCCUCUGCCGGCUCCGGAACCCUCUCGCGACCUCGCCCAGCCUCCCAGGCAUGCGGAGCCGGCUCGAAAGCGGCACUGCUCGGCCCCCGAGCUCAUGCCAGGAUACAGCCCCCGGUAUCUCCCUGUCGUGUCUAAACGUGGAGGGCAGCAGUAGCCGGUAACCGCUUCCUGCACCCCCCCUCCCCCCAAAUGCUGCGGAACACGAUCGUCCGCCGAGCAGCUGGGAGGAGAGAGGAGAACAGCGAAUAUUCAGCGACAGAGCUCCUGCAGCUGGCGAGGUGGCAGGCAUGUGACCGCAGAGCUUUCGCUGCUUCCUGGGAACGCCGAGAAAGCAGACAGUCACUUCUACUUAUCACACAUCACCUGGACAUAUCAGGGAUCAUCGAGGAAGGUAACACAAAAAAAAAAAAAUCUAAUGCACAAGUCAAGACAGACAAUCAGAAUAUGUACUCAGUGUGUUUACUUUGUUUUUGUAACCGUUGUCUCUUGCCUAUUGAAAGUGUUUACUGCAGGAUUUAUAUAUUACAGGUAUUAUAUAAAUGCUAAUUGCUAAAGCUACAAGUCUCGCGACCUCUUUGAUAGUCACUUUCGUUUCUACGCUUCGAGGCAAACUAACAGGCUGAUGUUGGAGGCAGUUAUGGCGAUAGUAUCCCCCGCGCCGGGGGGUCACGCUCCUCGGCUAAGCAUUACCCGCCGGUGUGUUUUGACCUUUUUUUCCCAGUGGGGAAAAAAAAAACACUAACAGAAUUGCGUAAGAGACAAUCCCGGCCCACGCAGAGUCUGACCAGGCUCUCUGGAGCAGCCCCCACACGUUCCUCGGUGUUAACACAGCAUGUGCAGAGUCUUGGUGCUAAUGAUGGAACACAAAGCUUUGUGAGCACUGACCUCCCCCCCCCCCCCACUCCACCCCACCCCCGUGCUUUAUUUGUGUUUGUUUAUAUAUGUUUGAAUGCAGGGAUAACAAAGGAAAGUAUUAUGACUUCUCAUACGGGUAUCUCUUAAUGAUCAAACCACACCCUCUGUUCAUUUAAUUUUUUUUUGAUUGACUGAUUGAAAAGAUUAUUUUGUUGUUAUUUUUUGUAAAUGUAAUAGUCAUACAAUUGUAUAUUUUUAUGGUGGAUCUGUAAUACAAUGUUCCAUAGGUAUAA